CGGCCCGGCUCCGCAGCAGCGCUGCUCGCAGAAGGCAGAAGUGGCUCCCGGAGAAACAGCGUCCAAGAAAAGUCCCACAGGCUACAAUGGCAGCUAAAAAGGUCUGCAUUAUCGGCUCGGGCAACUGGGGCUCUGCCAUUGCCAAGAUCGUGGGGGCCAACGCAGCCAAGUAUGACACAUUUGAAACAACUGUGAACAUGUGGGUGUUUGAGGAGAUGGUGAACGGACGCAAGCUCACCGAAAUCAUCAACACUGAACAUGAAAACGUCAAAUACCUGCCUGGACACAAGCUGCCUCCUAAUGUGUUGGCUGUCCCAGAUGUGGUGGAGGCUGUGAAAGGAGCGGACAUCCUUAUCUUUGUGAUUCCACACCAGUUUGUAAACAGAACCUGUGACACGAUCAAAGGGCACAUCAAGAACGACGCUGUGGGGAUGUCCCUAAUCAAGGGUGUGGAUGAGGGUCCAGAUGGGCUGAAGCUCAUUUCUGAUGUGAUCAAAGAGAAACUGGGCAUCACCAUGACGGUGCUUAUGGGAGCCAACCUGGCCAAUGAGGUGGCUCAGGAGAAAUUCUGUGAAACCACCAUUGGCUGUAAAAGCAAGGAUCAUGGGCCUUUGCUGAAGGAGCUCAUGCAGACCACAAACUUCCGGGUCACUGUGGUGGAGGAGGCGGAUGUCGUAGAGAUCUGUGGAGCUUUAAAGAACAUCGUGGCGGUUGGUGCAGGUUUCUGUGACGGCCUUGGCUACGGUGACAACACGAAGGCAGCAGUGAUCCGUCUGGGUCUGAUGGAGAUGAUCGCCUUUGCGCGGAUCUUCUGCACAGCUGGCCCCGUCUCCGCAGCCACAUUCCUGGAGAGCUGCGGGGUGGCCGACCUCAUCACCACCUGCUACGGAGGACGCAACCGCAGGAUCGGAGAGGCUUUCGCCAAAACCGGCAAGACGAUCGAGGAGCUGGAGAGGGAGCUGUUGAAUGGGCAGAAGCUUCAGGGUCCAGCCACAGCAGCAGAAGUGAACCACAUUCUCAAACACAAAAACAUGGUAGACAAAUUCCCUUUAUUCAAUGCAGUCUAUGAGAUUUGCUUCCAGGGUCAUCCAGUGACAGAGUUCAUCUCCUGCUUGCAGAAUCAUCCAGAACACAUGUAACGCGCUGACUAGUCCGGGGAGAGAUCAGAAUUGACCGAGCUAAUAAGUUACCAGCUGCUGAGUUUAGGUCGAGGUGAAAGGGCUGCCUUCAUUGUGCCUAUUUUUCAUACUGACAAAGUUUUAAGGAAAGAACUAGAUUGGUUUUCAACUGAGGGCUGAACUGAAGAUGCCCUCGCCAGUGCUGCCAAUCUCACAGCUUCUCCUCCAAAAAUGCUAGCUACGGCAACAGCGUCUCAAACACUGGACACUGCACCAUUUCUGAGUUUGAUCAUAUUGUCUGUGUCUUAUAUCAUGUAACCGCAGUGCUCUUUAACUUAACCUUAGAAUAGAUGUUUUUCAUAAAAGGUUUGCAUUAGAGGUACAGUAUGUUCCAACUUGUCCCCCCCACCACCCCCGCUCUCAAGUGAGCAGGCUGUUUUGUAAUGCUAGUCUAUGUGCUAAGGUAAUCUUAUAGUGUGACGGUCUUAAAAGUGCCUUAAAAUUCCUUAAACCUAAACCUUAAUCCUGUGCAGACACUCGUUUUCUGUUAAACAGAAAAUACCCAAAUAACAAGGAUGGCUGUGUACACUGAUGCAGUGAGGGUACCCACUUGUAUAACUGGCCACCUGGCUUUGACUCUAGGUAUGUGGCUCCAAGUACAGUGUGCUGUUGAGAAGAUGUCAUUUUAAAAUAAAUUAUUUUAAUUGUAA